AUGGCCAUUGCAAUCCCCGAGCACGAGGGCGAGGAAGGAAAUCCCAAAGCGCUACCAUGGGCACUGCCCAGAAUCUUGAUCGACGGAGGCAGUUCUGUCGAAAUUUUGUUCUAUGAAACAUUCAAACAAAUGAGUCUUAGGGAAGAGUGUCUCAUACCCUCUACAUAUAACAUAUUUGGCUUGAAAGGGUCAUCAACCCGCCCAAAGGGCGAGGUAACGUUAGAAAUCCAGGUGGGAAAAAUCCUCACCCUAACCACCUUCUGUGUGAUAGAUGUACUAUCACCCUACACAGCCAUCGUCAGGCGAUCCUGGGUCUACGGGAUCAAAGGAGUGGCCUCGACUUACCAUCAAAGGCUAAGAUUCCCUACGCCUGAUGGAGUGGCAGAAAUCAUUGGAGACUCCGGCGAAGAAAAACACUGCUACAAAACGGAAGUUCAGAACGGCGAGAGCAAAGUAAACUUUUCCAGAGCAAAAAGAAGCGAGCUAAGAAUGCCAAAAAUCAGGCUGAAAUCGAUGCUUAUAUAG